AUGCAUUUGGGACGAAUACAACAAGGAAAAGAUGAAUCUUUGCGAAGCUAUGUUCGACGUUUCAAUUUGGAAUCAGGACAGAUUCCAGACCUGCCUGACGGGGUGGCAUUUGAUAAUUUCUUUAGGGGACUUAAGAAGGGGUCCUUUAAGUUCGAUUUGGUGAAGAAAAGUGUGAGAACUAUGGCCGACGCUCUGGAUGAGGUCGAGUCCUUUAUUCAUGCCACUGAAAUCUGCUCUGUCCCCAAAGAGUCUAAGGGAACGGAGGCCACAGAUCAUCCUCAGCGCAAGGAUAAGUCAGACAAACAGACCAGCCGUCCGAAUGGGACAUGGGCCAUUGAAAAGAAAGGAUAUAAGACAGACCGCUCCCAAGGGCAGAAGAGAGGACGAACCUAG